AUUCGUAUUUUUUCUAAUUAAUGAAAUCUGCUAAAUAAAUUAAAUUUUAUUAAUAUUAUGAAAAGGAAGAUAUCAUACAAAGUUUCUGCAUUUUAAAUAGAUCCACCGUAUGCUUAACUUUUCUCACCCAAAUUCAAGCCUUUUCUUAAUGACCUUUUGUUGUCUUCUUCGUUGCAUGCUUCGUCGGUGAAGCAAAUAUUACAUGUAAGUGGCAAGAUGUUGGUGUCCAGUCAUCCCAUCUCAUGCAUGAUCUCCAUGUUACACUUGGCCACAACAACUGUAUACGUGUUUGUUUCUUCUACCUGCGCCUUAUUAAUCAGUAAUAGACCUCCAUUAUGGAUAUCCAUGUCGUUAUUUUUCAUUGCAGAAAAUGUCCACUAUCGUCAUCCUUUUCUUUCUUCUAGCCAUGGCAACCUCUUCCACCUUUUGCCUUCAGGAAUUGGAGACGAUCCAAACCGCCCAAACUCAAACCCUGCAAGUUAGAAAGUGGCUUCAGUCAUCAUUGGGUGGAGGGUUGAACCAAGGUUUUAGUUAUAAUUUUGGUGUGCCUUUAAGUGAUUGUAUCAAACUUUAUAGUGAAAGCGAGUUUCGACUCUCGCAAUUGCUAGCCAGUGAGAAGAACUACACCCAUCAUGAUGCUCGCACGUGGCUAAGUGGCGUGCUAGCUAAUCAUAAAACUUGUUUAGAUGGUCUGAGUGAAAAGGGGUUUCUUGAAAACGAUCAUGAAAUGGCCCAUAAUCUAACAUUUUCUCUCAGUAAAAGUCUUGCCUUGUACAGUCGAGGAAGAAGAACGAUAAAUAGAGGAGUGCCACGAAGACCGAUACACAAUUACAAUGGGGGAAUUUUAACUUCGUGGAAUCCUACGACUUCACAGGCAGAUUUUGUAGUAGCAAGAGAUGGUUCUGGUACUCAUAGAACGAUUAAUGAUGCCUUGGCUGCACUCAGUAGAUUGGGCACAAGGAGAACCCAACGAGUAAUAAUCUAUGUCAAAGCAGGAGUUUAUAAUGAGAAAGUGGAAAUUGAUCACCAUAUUAAAGAUGUGAUGUUCGUAGGAGAUGGUAUUGAUAAAACUAUUAUCACAGGCAGCCGAAAUGUCCCAGAUGGCUCUUCCACUUUUAGCUCAGCUACUUUUGGAGUGUCAGGGGAUGGAUUCUGGGCAAGGGAUAUAACAUUUGAAAAUACGGCUGGCCCCCAUAAACACCAAGCAGUGGCAUUAAGGGUGAGUUCGGACCUCUCAGUAUUUUAUCGUUGCAGCUUCAAAGCUUACCAAGACACCCUCUUCGUGCUUUCCUUGAGGCAAUUUUAUCGCGAUUGUCACAUAUAUGGCACUAUCGACUUCAUAUUUGGUGACGCUCCGGUAGUGUUUCAAAACUGUGACAUCUUUGUAAGAAGACCAAUGGACCAUCAGGCCAAUUUUAUAACUGCGCAAGGAAGAGAUGAUCCUAAUGAAAACACUGGAAUUUCUAUACAGAGGUCGCGUGUUAGGGCUUCACCUGAUUUUAUGGUUGCUAAAAAUAAAAUCAGAAGCUUUCUUGGCAGGCCAUGGAAGAAAUAUUCAAGGACGGUGUUUAUGCAAACAGACCUGGAUGGUUUAAUUGAUCCAAUGGGUUGGGGUGCAUGGCAUGGUGACUUCGCACUUUCAACUCUAUUUUAUGCAGAGUAUAUGAACACAGGCAAUGGUGCAUCUACUUCAAGAAGAGUGAAAUGGCCUGGAUUUCAUGUGCUUAGUAGUCCUCAGCAAGCUAGUCCUUUUACUGUGACUAGGUUCAUACAAGGAGAGUCCUGGAUUCCUGCGACUGGUGUACCAUUUUGGGUUGGAAUUUAAUGCCAUCAUAUACCAGUAAUCAGUGAUAUAAAAGUGGCUGGUCAGAUUUAGUUAACCUUAGCUAGGUUUUGGAUCCUAAUAUAACUAUGUUAUUCUGUAAGCAACUGUGCAUCGAUUCCCCUUAAUUUCCUUGUAGCAAAUUUUACUUUAUCUAUACAUUACGAUAACUCACUUUAUUCAUA